AUGCUCGCCAUGGCGCCCGUCGCCUUCAUGAGCCACGUGCGCAGCCCGCUCAUCCGCAUGGCCGCCAGGCGGUGGUGAACCAGCUGGGGAUGCACGAGCUGGUGCCGCACAGCGAGUUCCUGGAGGGCCUCGGAGCCACCAUCUGCCGGUCAAAGGCUGUGUACAAGGACGUCUGCACCAACCUGCUCUUCCUCAUGGCCGGAUACUCCUCCAAGCAUCUCAACUCGACGCUACUGCCGCUCAUUAUGGGCCACACACCAGCUGGAGCUGCCAUGAAGCAGCUGAUGCACUACGGCCAGGAAAUCAACUCUGGCCGGUUCCGGAAGUUCGACUACGGCGUGCGGAAUCCCGAGGUAUACGGCUGCCCCUCUCCUCCCGACUACGUGCUGUCCAGGGUGGAGGUCCCGGUGGCGCUCUUCCACAGCAGGAACGACUGGCUGGCGGCCUCGCAGGACGUGAUGAAGUUAUACGAACAUCUUCCGAUGCGCAUCGGUAUGUUCCCGAUAGAAGACCCCGAGUUUACUCACCUCGACUUCAUGUGGGCCUUGCAGUCACGGGAGCUCGUCUACGACCGCCUCGUCAGAGUCUUGCAACGCUACUGACCGCCGGUCGCGGCUGAUGUUCCGGGUAACCUCCACGCUAAGUGUCUGGCGUGGACGUAUCCUGCAAACAAACUCUUUUUACCUUGGUAUCACUGCGAUGAACUACAAAGCCGUGGCAAGUAAAAGACGAGGGAUAGAAAAGAGAGCACACAGAGUAACCACAUUUGAGCUUGCACUUUCGUCUCCAGGAAAAAUAAUAUAAUAAGUACAAUGUCGGGUGUGUUAGAAAGUAUACG